AAAACCUACAGCUGUGAUGAGUGUGGGAAGGAUUUUACCCGGGCUGGACACUUAAAAAGACACCAACUCAUCCACAGUGGAGUUAAACCUCACAGCUGUGACUUGUGUGGAAAGUCUUUUACCCUGGCUGGAUAUUUAAAAACACACCAACUCAUCCACACUGGAGUUAAACCUUACAGCUGUGACUUGUGUGGAAAGUCUUUUACCUUGGCUGGACACUUAAAAAAACACCAACUCAUCCACACUGGAGUUAAACCUUACAGCUGUGACUUGUGUGGAAAGUCUUUUACCCAGGCUGGAGACUUAAAAAAACACCAACUCAUCCACACUGGAGUUAAACCUUACAGCUGUGAGUUGUGUGGGAAGGAUUUUACCUGGGCUCUAAGCCUAAAAAAACACCAACUCAACCACAGUGGAGUUAAACCUCACAGCUGUGACUUGUGUGGAAAGUCUUUUACCCUGGCUGGAUAUUUAAAAACACACCAAGUCAGCCACACUGGAGUUAAACCUUACAGCUGUGACUUGUGUGGGAAGGAUUUUACCUGGGCUCAAAGCCUAAAAAAACACCAACUCAUCCACAGUGGAGUUAAACCUUACAGCUGUGACUUGUGUGGAGAGUCUUUUACCCACGCUGGAAGCUUAAAAACACACAAAGUCAUCCACAGUGGAUUUAAACCUUACAGCUGUGACUUGUGUGGAAAGUCUUUUACCCACGCUGGAAGCUUAAAAAUCCACCAAAUCAUCCACAGUGGAGUUAAAUCUUACAGCUGUGAGUUGUGUGGAAAGUCUUUUACCAAGGCUGGGGGCUUAAAAACUCACCAACUCAUCCACAGUGGAGUUAAAGCGUACAUCUGUGACUUGUGUGGAAAGUCUUUUACCCUGGCUCAAAACCUAAAAAUACACCAAAUCAUCCACAGUGGAGUUAAAGCGUACAGCUGUGACUUGUGUGGAAAGUCUUUUACCCACGCUGGAAGCUUAAAAACACACAAAGUCAUCCACAGUGGAGUUAAAGCGUACAACUGUGACCUGUGUGGAAAGUCUUUUACCCUGGCUCAAAACCUAAAAAGACACCAAAUCAUCCACAGUGGAGUUAAAGCGUACAACUGUGACCUGUGUGGAAAGUCUUUUACCCACGCUGGAAGCUUAAAAACACACAAACUCAUCCACAGUGGAUUUAAACCUUACAGCUGUGAGUUGUGUGGAAAGUCUUUUACCCAGGCUGGGGGCUUAAAAACUCACCAACUCAUCCACAGUGGAGUUAAAGCGUACAUCUGUGACUUGUGUGGAAAGUCUUUUACCCUGGCUCAAAACCUAAAAAUACACCAACUCAUCCACAGUGGAGUUAAAGCGUACAGCUGUGACUUGUGUGGAAAGUCUUUUACCCUGGCUGAUAGCCUAAAAAAACACCAAGUCAUCCACAGUGGAGUUAAACCUUACAGCUGUGACUUGUGUGGAAAGUCUUUUACCCACGCUGUAAACUUAAAAACACACCAACUCAUCCACAGUGGAGUUAAACCUUACAGCUGUGAGUUGUGUGGAAAGCGUUUUACCCAGGCUGGGGGCUUAAAACGACACCACGUCAUCCACAGUGGAGUUAAACCUUACAGCUGUGACUUGUGUGGAAAGUCUUUUACCCACGCUAUAAACUUAAAAACACACCAACUCAUCCACAGUGGAGUUAAACCUUACAGCUGUGAGUUGUGUGGAAAGUCUUUUACCCAGGCUGGGGGCUUAAAACGACACCACGUCAUCCACAGUGGAGUUAAACCUUACAGCUGUGACUUGUGUGGAAAGUCUUUUACCCACGCUAUAAACUUAAAAACACACCAACUCAUCCACAGUGGAGUUAAACCUUACAGCUGUGAGUUGUGUGGAAAG